AUGCAUCGAUGUGCCAAUGUCAAUUGCCUUUCUCAACGAAAGGAAAGUAUUGGUGAUAAUAAUAAAACGACAUUUACUCGAAGAGUUUAUCAGGUAGAUGCAAUAGUGAUAUGUCAACUGAUAAAACGAAAUGAAAAUAAAUGCUUAUAUAAAUCAUUUGGUCAGCUUCUUUAUCUUGCAUCAAUAGAUCGAUUAAGAAAGAAAUGUAAUCAUCAAAAUGAUGAUUUAUUAUUAAUUAAUGCACCAGAUUUAAUCUCUGUUGCUAUUCAUUGGAAUUCAUCUCAAUGUACUACAAGUGAUGUCGAAGAUUUUAUUUCGAUUAUCGAACCAUUUAUUUAUUUAAGAGAAUUAUUUUAUGACGUUGCUAUAAGUGACGCUCGUAUAAAACAACUUAAUCUCAUUGGUCUCAUUUGUUUUUAUGGUAGUACUAUUGAAGUAUUCUUUUCCUAUGAACAUACAACAUCACAAUGGCUCUUUUGUUUUGAUGGAAAUAUAACGAUAGCAACGGAUUGGAAUGCUGUUAUAAGAAAAUGUAUUGAUUUUCAUCUUCAACCAUUUCUUCUUAUCUAUGCAAAUUCUCAACAACAUCCUGUGGAUAUCAGUCAAUUACUUAAACGAACUGUGAUUCAAGCAAAAAUUAUACCUUAUAAAAAAAGAUUCGAACCAAUAAAACAUUCAAUGUCAAAACAAGAACAAAUUCCAUUAAAUGAAAAUAAACUUAAACAUGAAUUACAUUCAUUAGAAAAUCUUUCGAAGAUAUCAUCAUUUGCAACAUUAAAUUCCUCAAUGUUAUUUAUGCCAAAAUCGCCGACAACAACAACAACAACAUCUUCUUCUACAUAUAUCAAUCAAGAAACUGUUGCUAAAGUCAUGCAACAACAACUAUUAAAAAAAGAAUCAUUGUCUGAUAUAACAUCAUCAAUAUCUUUUCCAUUAAUGUCAUCACCUCGUGUUCAUGUUCGACAACAAUUUCCGCAAAAACAAAAGUUUGAUGAUACAUUAUCCAGUAGAGAUUCAUCAACAUCAUCGCAACGUGAUUCUGGCUUAAGUAGUGGAAUUAAUGAUGGAUCAAGUGAUGAUAGUCCAAGAGAUAGUCUUGUAGAUAAUGAACAAACAGAACGAAUGAUGAAUGAUAAUCAUCUCGAUAUGUCGUUAGCUUCAAUUGAACAUUAUCUAGAACAAUCAUUAAAAUAUGAAAGUGCAAGUAAUUAUUCAUCUGCAUUAGAAUCUUGUCAACAAGCAUUAUUACUAGUCGAUCAAAUACUUAAUUUAAAUCUUAGUCGUAGUACUAAUUUAUCAACGUAUGCUCGAACAAGAAAAAAUAGUUUAUUAUUAAGAAUACGUUCAUUAAGAAAACGACAAAUUCAACAAGAGGAAGAAUUAAAUAAUGCUUCAACUUUGACAUUUCAAUCUGUAGAAAAUAUCGAAAAGAGAAAUGAUAAUACAAUAACAUCAUCAAUACUUUUAUCAACAAAAAGAUUAUCUCGUCCGAAAAAAAAUGUGAAAUUUUCUGAUAAUGUUGCAUUAAUUGUUCCAACAUCAGAUGAUAUUCAUGAACCACCAUCCGAACAUUUAAUUCAUUCAUUUUUAAGAAAAAUUCAUCAAAACCAAACAACAUCAGAUUCUGAUUCUGAUACACCAUCAUCAUCAUCAUCAUCCAUGAACAUUCCUAUUGGUUUAAUGGAAUGUUCUCUUUGUUAUAAACGAUUUUCAAAAACAAAUCAAAUUGGAACUUAUUGUUCAAAUUGUCAUUUUUAUAUGCAAAGAUUUCAACCAAUAACAUCUUAA